AUGAAAUGGAUGGGAAGCGAGUUCGCUAAAGCAACAGAUAAAGGUUACCAGAGCAGGGUGGUUGGAACAUGUACUACGCAUGCCAAAGAGAGUCAUGUGCUUUUCAAGCCCUUGAUGGUGAAGGAUUCGUGGGAGGAACAGGGUGCAACACAGUACCUCGAGAUGAAUGAGGCCGCGGCUAGGCUGAGUGCAGCGACUGUCUUGUUGACGUCCGUGUAG